GUGUGUUGUGGUUUUGCCAAAUCUUUCCACGACUGUCGCCGACUAAUAAGUAAACAGCUGAUAAUAUCAAUGAUCAAUGAAGUAACUAAAAUAAUUGUUAACAAUAAGGUUCUAGCGAAACUUUCAAGGAUUUGUUGUUAAUCGUAAGUAUGGCAUCCCUGGACGUAGAGAAAUCAUGUGCCACCGGUUGUAAAUCAUCCUCGGACUCGUCCCCAUCAAGUGUUCUAGCAGCUGUUGUUCAGUUUACAGCCACUGCGGAUAAGGAGCGGAAUCUGGGAAUAUGUCAUGCUCUGAUACGCAAGGCAAAGCACAGAGGAGCGGAGGUGGUGUUUCUUCCUGAAUGCUUCGACUAUCUUUGUGCUAACUUCGCGCAGAGUUUGGAGUUGGCCGAGUCGUUGACGGGACCGAUAAUAACAUCCUACCGCGAGCUCGCUCGCAGUCUGCAAGUAUGGCUGUCACUCGGUGGUUUUCAUCUCAAAGAUGACAAGGAUCAGCGCAUCCACAAUGCACACAUUCUGAUUGAUGCCAACGGGGAACUCGCGGCUUCCUACCGCAAAACACAUCUCUUUAUUGUGGAUAUUCCGGGACAAGUGACGCUGGACGAAAGUCGCUAUUGCAUUCCAGGAACUCGCAUUCUGCCUCCUGUUAACACUCCCAUCGGCAAAACUGGACUUCUUUGCUGCUAUGACUUGCGAUUCCCGGAAAUUGCUGGCAUUUUAACCCGACAGGAAGCAGAAAUACUUGUUUAUCCUGCCGCGUUUACUCUCACCACCGGGAUCUCGCACUGGGAGCCGCUACUGAAAGCUCGUGCCAUUGAAAAUCAGUGCUAUGUGAUUGCUGCUGCACAGUGUGGAUCGCAUAACGAUAAACGCCAUUCUUAUGGACAUAGUAUGAUUGUAGACCCGUGGGGAACUGUCCUGGCGCAGUGCUCGGACGGGCCGGGUGUGGCCGUGGCGGAAAUCGAUCUGGACAGGCUCCGGACCAUACGCAGUUCAAUGCCGGUCCAGAACCAUCGACGCCAUGAUCUGUACAGGCUCUUUCCCAGUCCGCUGCCGGUAGAGAGCUGGUCACAGGAACAAUAUGAUUUUGGUGGCCACAUAGUGCUGCGGGAUUCUGUCUUCUACGAAACCACCCUUUCUCUGGCCUUCGUCAAUUUGAAACCUGUUGUACCUGGGCAUGUUCUGGUAAUUACAAAACGCCGCGUUGAACAGUUCCCCCAACUUAAAGCGGAAGAAGUCAGUGACAUGUUCCAUGUUGUCCAAGUAGUCGAGACGAUGUUACAGAAACAUUACACGACAUCGUCGUGCACAGUCUGCGUGCAGGAUGGUGUGGAUGCUGGGCAGACUGUGAAGCAUGUCCAUGUUCAUAUUCUCCCACGGAAAAGUGGCGACUUUCGGGAUGACGGGAUUUAUAAAGAAAUGGAACAUCAUGACAAAGAUCAACGCAAACCUCGUUUACAAAACGAAAUGACUGCAGAAGCCGCCGUUUACAGAAAAUAUUUUGUUUGAAAGCAUUACUGGAAUUUAUAACUUAUCGACAGUUACAAAAUUUCGAUUUUCUGUGAUUUUACAGUAAUUUAAUCACCGAAACCAUUUUGUGAAUGAAAAUCCCAAUAAAGUGUUACCAACGCAAGAGCCAACCGGAAAUA